UUGGUUUCAGCAUAGCGGCCGCGAGUCGCUCACGCCACUAUGAGCGCAAGAGAUAGCCCGGAGGCGCACUCCCCCCCAGGCGUGGUGGAGCUGCGGGAGGACGUGCCGCUGAAGGCGGGCGCGGGGGCGGGGGCGGGCGCGGGCGGGGGGUGCUGCGCCGGCGGCCCGCGCCUCAUCCUGCUGGCCUUCGCCGCGCUCUCCGCCGCCAUCACGCUCGCGCUGCUCACGCAGAUCUACUACGGAGACUAUGAGGUGGUGCCCCACGGAUCGGUGUCGUCGUCGGCGGCGGCGUGCUCGAGCGCGGGCACGGACGCGCUGAAGGCCGGCGGGCGCGCGCUGGACGCCGCCGCCGCCGCCGCGCUGUGCCUCGGCGUGCUGGCGCCGCACCUCACUUCGCUCGACGCGAGCGGAUCCCUAUUGUACUGGGAGUACCGGCAGUCUCGCACGCAGCAACCCGCGCUGUUCGAGUGGGGCGGCCCGCAGCCGGCGGGCCUGCAGCCGGCGGGCCCGCCGCUCGCCGCGCGGCCGCCGCGUCUGGUGGCGGCGCUGGCGGCGCUGCAUGCUCGCUACGGCGCCCUGCCAUGGGCUCGGGUCUUGCAGCCCGCUAUCGACUUAGCAAGAAACGGUUUCAACGUAUCUGAGAGUUUGGCGAUAAUGGAGACCGCGGCAGGCAACACCGAUGUUCUGAAAGGAAUGCACCGCACCGAACCCUUGCUAGCUCAAUUCCUUGAGACAUUGCAGCAAAAUACUAGUUCAGAGCUAUCUGCGGCAUNCGCGCCCGCGCCCGCUGCGCUGCCGCCGGCCGCCGCGCCCGCGCUCAACGCCACGCCGCCCUUCGCCGCCGUCAACGUCGUGCGCCAGCGCGCCGACGCGCUGCUCUCGUACGCGGACAGUCGGGGCGGGGGCUACGCCUCGCGGUUCUAG